AUGUCCCUGGUCAGCCUGAUCAGCAGCGAAAUUAGGCUCCGGAAUUACGAACGCGAUACUGUCGAAAACCUGGUGCGGAAACUCGUCGACAAGGCGUACAAUAACCUACAAAUACGAACCGAUCUUGGCUUACUGGGAACUAUGACGUUCAAGAGCCAUACAAACCUCAGCAAGACUAACGACAGCUUAUCCAAACACAUACAUCAAAUUUUCAUCAAGAAGGACAAUAAAGGCCAAACGCCGCCAAACUACAAGUCCCAGCAUAGGGCGCAGGGGAAGGGCAAUCAGAUGGACCAGUUCUGCAUACAUCGCACCUCUAACGGUCGAAAUAUUCCUGCCAUAGCAAUCAAGUCCAAGGCGCCACAUAAGCUAAGGCGUAACAAGGUUAUCACAGGCCUGGCGUCCGAGAUCCAGCCGGAACGCAACGUGAUUAACAAAGACGGUAACAGUUUCACGUUUACAUCAAAUAUACUUACUACCGCCAUUAUCACCCAGCUCUUCUCCUAUAUGAUUAGCACACGCAUGUCACAAAGUACCAAAGGCAACUAA